AGCGGCGGCUGGUGUUGGCGGAGCGCGGACAUGGCGGCGGCUGGGAGAGCGCGCGAGCCGGAGCCCCCGCCCCAGAAAGCGGGCACCACUUCUGACCAGAUCCUUAAGACAGGAACGGUUCUUCUCAAGGGCUUUAUCAGGGACCGAGCUCAGCGCUGUGGAGAUUCCGGCUAUGAUGCACUGAUAGCAGAACUGGGAGGUUCAGAGUCCCAGCCGUGUGACCCCAGCACUAAGAGGUUGAGUGAGUGCCUGCGCCGGAUCGGGGACGAACUUGAUGGCAACACUGAGCUACAGAGGAUGAUAGAGCAAGUGCAGGCGUACCCUCCAAAGGAAGUCUUCUUCCGGGUGGCUGCAGACAUGUUCGCGGAUGGGACCUUCAACUGGGGCCGUGUGGUGGCUUUGUUCUACUUCGCCUGCAAGUUGGUCCUGAAGGCGAUUUGCACUAAGGUACCUGACCUCAUAAGGACCAUAAUUAGCUGGACAAUGGAAUAUAUCCAAGAACAUAUCAUGGCCUGGAUCCAAGCCCAGGGAGGAUGGGAAGGCCUCCUGUCCUACUUCGGCACCCCCACGUGGCAAACCAUUGCUGUAUUUGCUGCCGGUGUCCUGACUGCAUCACUGACCUUCUGGAAAAUGUCUUAAUCUUCAGUACCCUCCGGCGGGGGGAGAGAUGGGCACACUUUUUCAUUGUGGGAACAAAGAGGGGCGGGCACCUUCGAUUUCCUAAUCAAGAGGGGAAAAUGGGCUGUGA